AUGUCAGUUGACAAAGGUUUCUGCAACCUCAAUUCAAACUUUUCUCCAGAGAAAAAAUUAAUCGUGAAAAAGAAGAAGUUUAGAGAAGAUCUGAUCAUCAUUCCUAAGAAUUCUUAUAACCAAAUCGAAACUCCUUCAAGAGUGGACAUUCAUAUUAAGUCCAAAGAGAAAGUGAACCGUAUCUUGAAAAAUCUCUGUAAAUGGCCUGAUACUGCUACUCAAACUCUGAGGGAAUCUCCUUCUAAAAAACAGAACCUGAAGUCUCUAAUCUCUCAAAAUCCUUAUGAAAGGAAAUAAUUUGAAUUCUAGCAUGAGAGUCAACUACAUGCAUACAUCUUCUUAUUCAAAAAAGCCUAGACCCACUUCUUUGGCGAAAAGCAUCUGUGAGAUGAACAUGAACAAUGCUUCUCUAAAAAUGAGUCUGAAUCCCCUGAGGAUUGACCAAAGUCUUCCAAGAGUUUCUCGAAUUCAUAGAGAAGAUGGGUGCCAUAAGAGAACUGGUUACUGGAAGCUUCCUCAGAAGAAAUAUGAUUUCUCAAAGAUCAGCACCAAGAGAGCUAGCUCUAUGAAAUCAAAGUUCAAGAUAUCAAAUACUAAACGUUCAUGUAUUCUAUCUCAGAACAAUUCUAAGUGAGAUGACAAGAGUAGUAUUCUGAUAAGGAAACAGAUUUCCAAAUACGGAUUACCUCCUAAAUUCUUCACAUUCUUCUCAAAACAGUUUGAUAAUAUGGAUAAAGAGAAACAAAGUAAGCAGAACGAACCUCCCAAAGAGGUUUGCUACAACUUUUUACAAGGAAAUAAGAGCAAAGGAAAUCUGAACUCCUUAAAAAGCUAUGAUAAUGUGGCUGUGCGUGACGGGAACAAUAGCAAAACUUCUCUUAAUUCUUCAAGGAUGAGUGAGAGGAAAAGUAAUGAAUCAUCACGAAAGAAUCUGAAAAGAAUGUCAAUUCUAAAAACAUUCAGGGUUAAAGAUAUGACUGAUUCAAAAAUCUUCCUUGGAAAGCAUAAAGAGAAGCUAAUCUUUUCAUUAAAAAUUAUGGUGAAGAAAGCAAUACAAAGUAUUGGAAACAAAAUCAAAGAACGAGAAAUAUCAGCAUAUAUUUCUUGAGAGGAUAAUGAAUUUAACAACUAUAACACGGACUUCUACAAACUUAAUUUGAUUAAAAAUUAUAUUGGAGAGAAAUACUCAGAAAAUCCUACCUAUCGGUGGUUAAAGAAAUCGCUUUCAUUAAAGGAGGAAGAUAUUAAGGCUUGUUCAAAUAGUCAGCAAGCUUUGACAUCGAUGCUACAAAAUCAGUAUUCCAUCGCUCCUUCAAAACUAAGAAAUCCAGUAGUUCUAAUUAAGCCAGGUAAUAAUCCAAAUGUAGUCAAGUCGGUGAUAAAAUAAAAGAAGUUGGGCUAGAAUAAAACACAAGGGUAAUUCAUCAAAAUGCCAGUUAGUAUGGACUCAGUGGAUCUUAAGCAAUCCAAAAUCUUUCCAGUUGAUUCAAGAAGAUGAUGACAUGUUGCACUACCGAUUGUAUAAUCAUAUCCCUGGAAACUCUAGUAUAUCUAAUAAGAAAAAUCUGUUCAAAAAUAUGUACAGUUAUUACUCAAAUCAGGGUAAAGAUCCUUGGAAAUUUAUACCCGUUACUUAUCUAGUGAGCUCCUCUUCUGAUGACAACUUCUUGAGAUUUAUUAAUGAGAAUUCUGCUGACUUUAAAGAUCCGGCCAAGAAUAGCUUAUGGAUUAUUAAGCCUGGCGAGUGCAGCAACAGAGGUAACGGUAUUGAGGUAUGUGAGAACGUUGAUCAGAUUAAGAAAUACAUUAAGCAACACAAAAGGAAGUCUUAUAUAAUUCAAAAAUAUAUAACACAACCUUUGCUAUAUCAAGAUAGGAAAUUUGAUAUCAGAUGUUUUGGACUUUUCACUUCUAUUAAUGGUAUCAAGAGAGGAUAUUUCUACCAAGGAGGAUAUAUUAGAACAAGUUGAGAAGGAUUUAAUCUUGAAGAUCCUCAAGAUCCUUUUAUUCAUCUCACAAAUGAUGCAAUUCAAAGUAAAUGAGAAGAUUAUGGAAAAUACGAAAAUUGAAAUAAACUUUCGUUCAAUGACUUCGAAAAAUAUAUAAACGAAACUCAUGAAGGAGUGUCUUUCUAUGAGAAUAUUUAUCCAAAGAUCAAAGAAUUAGUAAAAGAUACAUUCACUUGAGCAGGUGAUCUCCUUGAUCCUUCACAACGUAGCAAGUCUCCUCCUCAAUCUUAUUUCGAACUGUUUGGGUUUGACAUAAUGAUUGACUCUGAUUAUAUUCCAUAUUUGAUUGAAGUAAAUACAAAUCCUUGAUUGGAGACCCCUUGUUCUCUUCUAUCAUGAAUUAUCCCAAAUGUGCUAGAUCAUACAUUCAGGCUUACAUUCGAUCUAUGCUAUCCUAAUCCAUAUAAUACCAUUACCUGUGAAAACCUUCAAAAUCUUUCAAAAUUCGAACAAGUAUAUUCCUUCGCUCCAGCCUCCACUCCAAAAAUCUAGUAAAUCC